AUGAUUGAAAUGUAAACCUUGAGAACUCAACCAGUUAAGGCUAAAUUUUCUUUGUUGAUCGAUGCAUCUAGAACUCUAACUUAUAAGGAAUUAUUCAAUCUGGCAUACCCUUUUGCUCUUUUUGAUAUUAAAACUCUUAAUGCAAGUCUAUAUGGCUAAUUUAAGGAUGUAUUCGUGACUAAAGCACAGGCAGUGACAGAAUCUCAACUGGAGGAAAUCAUAUCACUAGUAGACUUCAUCCCUGGAGCAACAACUUCAUAGAUGAUGGUAGCUUUAGGUACAAUUGCAAUGAAGAAUGCUCAAGGUGGUGUGGUUGCACUGGUAGCAUUUGCGACACCUGGAGCCUUAUUGUUAGCAAUAUUGAGUUUCAUAUACAGCAAGUAUCCUGAUCCGAGAGAUUUGAACAUUUUGAUAUUUUUAGCCAUCCAAGGAAUCAAAGCGAGUACAGUGGCUUUAAUAUUAUAGUUAAUGAUUUCUAUGGCUAUGCAUUCAAUUAAGAAUAGAGUGCACUUGAGUCUGUCGAUAUUAAGUGCAGUUCUUCUGGUGGCAUAUCAAUAAUCUUAUGUGCUAAUUUUAACAAUGAUGAUGGGUGGAAUCUUGGCCAUAAUGUUGGAAUACGAUGCAGAAAAUACAGCAGGUCGUAGAACUUUUAUAAAAGAUCAAACAGUAACUCCAGUGAUUAUCACCGAUCCAAAAUUAAUUAAUAUCAAAAAUAGCCAUAAAAUUAGUUAUUUAUUGGGGAAUAAAUCAUUUUAUUUGUAUGCAAUAAUCCUACUUGCAUUGCUAUAUCUGAAUUCAGCCUAUUAAUCAAUGAUCUUAGAUAUAUCCCUAACCUUUUAUAAUAUAGGGACUUUCAUGAUCGGAGGCACUCCAAUAACAUUGCCAUUUAUGUAUGCUGAAACUGUACUUAAUCCUUUAUAUAUAAACGAAGAUGCAUUUUGGUUGGGAUUUGGACUGGCUGCUGCUUUACCUGGUCCAUAUUUGAAUUUUGCUAUAUUUUUGGGAACUCACAGCAUGGGCUUUUCUGGAGGAGUGUGUUGUUGGAUAGCCAUUUUUGUGCCAUCAAUUCUCUAAAUCUGGGGAUUGUUGCCUCAUUGGGGCAACUUCAAAACUAACGUAUAUAUGACGAAAUUUAAACAAGGAGUAGUCAGUGUGGCCACAGGAUUUCUAGCCACAGCUGUAUAUUAUUCUUGGGUAGAUGCCUGCAAAUAUGAUAUGCCAACCGCAACUGUGAUAACAUUUUUAAGUUUGAUAUAUGUGAGUCUUUUGAACUUUAACAGUCCAGCUGUUAUAAGCUUGGGAGCAGCAUUAUUCAUUAUUCGUUAUUUAGCAUUAUGGUAUUACAGAGAAUUGGACCCAGUAAUAUUUUAAUAAUGA